AAAGAAGGGGGCUUUAGAAGAUGAGACGCCUAGAGGAGCCCCACCCACAGCAGACCUUGAUCGUAUAUAAGGUCGGUGCAGGGCAGCCUCCGCCAGACAGCUCCUUCCAGCUAGGUCAUCAUGAACACUCUGACUGUUCUCUGUCUGGCAGUGGCGGUGGCCUGCGCCAGCGGCCAGCUCUUGGCCUACCCUGGGGUGUACGGGUAUCCUGGAAUGCUGGGAGUGUUGCCCAAGGCCACGCCAAUCACCCUGAAGACUGUGUCCCCCUCCACCAUCACUCUCAAGACCGUGCCCGCUGCCCCCAUCACAUACAAGACUGUGGCUGCUGGGCCAGUGUCUCCCAUCACCUACAAUGUUGCUCCAGUGGCUCCCAUUACCUCAGUAGGUCCUGUCGCCCCAUUAGCCUCCGUCGCCCCUGUGGCUCCUUUCCACUCGAAAUUCCACGCCCAAGACGAGCUGGGCCAGUACUCCUUUGGCUACGCCGGCGGUCCCUCCUCUCGCUCUGAGACCCGCGACGCCUUCGGGAGAGUGAGCGGUGCCUACAAUUAUGUGGACUCCGAGGGCAAGGUGCAGACCCAGCACUACGUAGCUGACGCCCUGGGCUUCCGUGUGUCUGGCACCAACCUGCCAGUGGCUCCUGAUGCCCCCGAGGCACCCGCCCUCGCUGCACCUGAGCCAGUGCAGGACACCCCCGAGGUUGCUGCCGCCAAGGCAAGUUUUAGGUCUCUCCUUGAGGAAGCUGCAGCUACUCCUGAGGCUACCUCCGAAACUGUUGCCGAGCCCGCCCCCGAGGCUGCUGCAGAGACCGCCGUUGAACCCGCUGCCGAAGACGCCGCCGUGAGCCGUAAGAAGCGAGCAGUCGUGGUUCCUGCUACCUAUCCCUUCCAUGCUCCUCUCUCUUUCUCCUACGGCUACCAUACUCCUCUUACCUACUCCGCUGGCUUCCCUACGACCUACUCUGCCGGCUUCCCUGCUUUGGCCACCUACUCAGGAAUUCCCGCCGUCACCACCUACUCUGCCGCUGCCCCUGCCACUGUGAAGGACGCCAGCCUGCUUCGAGUAGUGAAUAAUCCCAACCAUGCUGUUUCCUACCGCGUGGAUCUGGAGGAAGAACACCAUGUAGGAGAGGAACAUCACAUAUCUGCUUGCUCGGCGCGGCAGACCUCAUCCCUGCCGCCUGACCUCCAGCUGACUGGCACACAGGCAGCAUCGGCUCGCCGACCGUCACCCCAAAGACUCUGCCAGGCAGUGGUGUGCUUGGCAGCGCUAGCGGGGUCUGGCUAUGCCCAGCUAGUGCAGUACUCUUUCAACUUUUUGGACGGCCCCACCACACGCGCGGAGACCCUGGACGCAUCUGGCAUCGUCAGAGGAACCUUCAACUUUUUGGACAGCCAAGGGAACCUGAAGGCACAGCACUACGACUACACGGUGCAGGUUGGCCCACCUGCUGUAAACUUCGUUGAACCUGUUCCAGUGACCGAAGGUGUGGCGCCAGUCCAACCCCAAGAGACGGCGCCUGAGCUCACAGACGAGGUAUCUCACACCGCUCCUGCCUCUCCUGAACUUAUUCAAGAAGAAUCGAUUCCUGCUCCUGAAGCACUUGAACCUAUCCAAGAUGUCCCUGCAGUAACCGAGGCACCUCAUCCCACUACCAGCAACCCUGAGGACACCCCCGCUACCCUUGAGCCCACCACAGAGCCGCCAACACCCACAACAACUGAGUCUCCCUUUGAUGCCUUCAAGAUUGACUUCAAGAGAUUCGGUCAGCGUCUCCGAGCUCUUGCACGUUUUACACCCACUCCCAGCCGCGCUGCUCGUACCAGAAGAGCAGUUCUGGUGCCCGGACCCUUCACCUACGCCGACCCUCAGAGCUUGAACACAUUCCCUGCUCCCCUGGUCUACUCCCAUCCCACAGUGGCCUACUCUUCCGCCUUCCCUGCUGUCGCCGCCUACUCUGGAAUUACGGCCGCCGCCCCUGCCGCAGCACGCGACGCUGCCCUGCUGCGGAGAUCCACGUCAGUAACGGCUCUGAGGAACGGAUGGAUGGACAGAUGGAGAGGGCAUUACAACAUCAGGGUCAUGGGGACGGCGGCGAGACAGAGCGAAGUAACAUACCGUAACUCAAGAGUCUACCUUGGGAUUCGCACUCUGAGGGCCACACCGGUGGAUCACCUUGAUGGCUGCCGGUGUGCCACGGGUGCUGGGUGUUGGGUGCUGGGCGUGACAGCUCCUCUUCGGUGGGUCAACAUGAACUCUCUGGUUGUGCUGUGCUUGGCGGCGGCAGUUGCCUGCACCAAUAGUUUCGUACUGAAUUACCCUGGGGUGUACGGCUACCCAGGACUUCUUGGGGGCUAUCCCGGCCUGCUAGGCGUCACGCCCUAUACGGCUCAUGGACAAGUCACUCUGAAGGCUGCUCCUGUUGCUCCACUUACCUACAAUGUAGCUCCCGUCGUCCCUGCGGUAGCACCCGUGGCUCCUGUCCAGUCCCAGUUCCACGCCCAGGACGAACUGGGCCAGUACUCCUUCGGCUACACCGGCGGUCCCUCCUCUCGCUCUGAGACCCGCGACGCCUUCGGAAGAGUGAGCGGUGCCUACAAUUAUGUGGACUCCGAGGGCAAGGUGCAGACCCAGCACUACGUAGCUGACGCCCUGGGCUUCCGUGUGUCUGGCACCAACCUGCCAGUGGCUCCCGAUGCCCCCGAGGCACCCGCUCUCGCCGCACCUGAGCCAGUGCAGGACACCCCUGAGGUUGCUGCCGCCAAAGCUGCCUUCAAGAUGGCCUUUGAUGAAGCUGCUGCCGCCGCUGAGGCCGCCCCCGACACUCAGUAAUAGAACACUCGUGAUGCCGUAGAGCACUUCGGAUGGAUAUGUUCGGCAGAACCUAUUUCUUCAAGCACCUUUUUCCUGCCAAGAAUGAACAACAUUAGCCCUGAGCAAGCAUCGUCCGAGUGUUGACGGCACCAUCUUCCUUUCUGUACAUCUGUACAUACUGCACAGAACAUCUCGACUACUUACAAACGACCCUGAAUGAAACUAAAAAAAAAGAGAAAAAUAUUUGAAUAAAGAGAAUGUUUUUAA